AUGUCAGAGGUUUGGCAUCUUCUGAAGAAAUCACUUCGUUGCAAACCUCAUGCAUUAGAAGUUCAUGAUCCGAAGGCAUAUAGCAGUACUCAGAGAAAACCACAAGGCAAGAUUAGCACGCAGAGACACUCACUAGAGGACCAUGUUAGCCAUGAAAUUUUCCUUGAUAGAUCAAGCGGUGAGAUUAUGCUUUGUCCAUGUUGUCCUUGUUCUCAUGAAGGCAGUGAAGAUGGAAAAGGUGUACAAGAAGAGCCUCAUCCUCCUAGAUCAACCAAGCGAAUUAUACCUUCAUCAAAAACACAUUAUGUUGAUUGUGAUGAAUGUAAUUUUUUCUCAAAGAAAAAGGUGCCACUGAAGAAAGAUUCUAAUGAUGAUCUCCCAAUAUCAACUCGUCAUCAUGAAUGUGAUGAGAAACUAAAAUCUACUGACACUGUUGAAGAACAUGAUCAUAAUAUCCCUGAACAUUCAGUGGUCCAACUUGAGAGAGACGGUUCAUCUUGCAAGAUCAUCCAACAAAUAUGCAAAGAUAACUUGAUCGAAAGCAAGGCAUCACAGAUUGAAUGUGUCUUGAGAGUUCAGAACAAACAAGAAACGUUUGCAUGCUUUGAGGAAAGUAGGGGUAUGGUAAGGACUAAAGCUGAAAGGUUACAAAAUGAGCACCCAAGAUGCAUGGUCGAUGGAAAUGAGCUAUUGAGAUUUCAUGGUACAACAAUUGCAUGCUCCCUUGGUUUAAAUGGCUCUUCUACCCUUUGCACUUUAGAGCAAUGUGGUGUGUGUCAAAUUCUGAGGCAUGGUUUCUCCGCCAAUAAAGAAUUUCAUGGUGCACUUGGGGUUUACACCACUUCUACUAGUGAAAAAGCCAUUGAUUCUAUUUGCUCAUCCAAUAAAUCUGUCCGUAGAAUGUGUGUUAUGUUGUGCAGAGUAAUAGCUGGGAGAAUCCAUAAUCCUCUACAAGAGAUCAAGGAAAUGGUUGAGCCAGAGUUUGAUUCUUUGGUAAAGAAAAUGAGUGACCAAUCAGAGAUUGAAGAACUUAUUGUUUUGAAUCCUAGAGCUGUACUCCCUUGCUUUUUGGUAAUGUACAAUUUCUGA